AUGUCCGUCCGUCGUAUAAUAGAGAAUAACGAGGAAGCCGGUAUCAGACCAAGCAAAACUUACCAAUCAUUUGUUGCAGCAGUCGGGGGUCACCGCGAGUUAAAUUUUAUCGAAAAAGACGUGAGAAAUUACAUCACGAGAGAAGUGCGGAAUAUUUCGGAACAAGAAGAUGCAAAAGAAUUCGGAAAAUACUUAUUAAGAAUGGAAGAGAAGAAUCAUAAUUUCUUUUACGAGCUCGAACUCGAGGACGAGCAGUCGAUUAAGCUUGCUUUUUGGGCCGACGCAAGGAGCAGAGCUACCUUUGAGUAUUUCGGAGAUGUUAUUUCAUUCGACACCACCUACAAUACAAAUAGGUAUAAUUUGGUUUGUGGUUCUUUUGUCGGAGUGAAUCACCACGGUCAGUCAACACUUCUUGGAUGCGCUUUGAUGAAAAAUGAAGAUAUUGAAUCAUUCAAAUGGUUAUUUCAAUGUUGGCUUCAUUGCAUGGGAGGUUAUAUGUCGAGCAAGAAGACGAUGGAGAUCAACCCUGAGAACCCAAUCAUGGAAGAGUUGAAAAAGAGAGCAGAUGCUGACAAGAAUGACAAGUCCGUGAAGGAUCUUGUCCUGUUAUUGUUUGAGACUGCUUUGCUAACAUCAGGGUUCAGCCUUGACGACCCCAACACAUUUGAGAACAGGAUUCACAGGAUGCUCAAGCUUGGACUCAGCAUUGACGAGGAUGCUGGUGAUGCAUAUGCAGACAUGCCUCCCCUUGAAGACGUUGACUAUGCUAUGCAAGUUUGCCUUUGCUAG